AUGGACCUCGGAUGUGGCAUCGCGUUGCCGAUGAUGAUGAAGGCCAUGAUCGAGCUGGACGUGCUGGAGAUCAUGGCAGCAGCUAGGCCCGGCGCUCUGCUCUCGCCGGAAGAGAUCGCGUCUAAGAUCCAAACCAGCAACCCUGACGCCCACGAGAUGCUCGACAGAAUGCUUUGGUUCUUGGCCGCGCACAAAGUGAUGACGUGCGAGGUUCUGGUCGGAGAGGAGGAAGGGAAGAGCAAGAGGCGCUAUGGACUGGGCCCGGUUUGCAAGUUCUUCACUAAGGAUGAGAAUGGAGUCUCUCUGGAUCCACUCUUGCUCAUACACCACUCCAAGUUCAUGGCGGAUACAUGGGCCAAUAUAAAGCAUGCAGUGUUAGAUGGGAGUGUCCCAUUUGUGAAGGCUAAUGGAAUGACAAUUUAUGAACAUGAGCACAAAGACCCCCAUUUCAGUGAGUUGUUCAAUGAAACCAUGUUCAACCGGACCACCAUGUACAUGAAAAAGAUGCUUGAAAACUACAAGUGA